AUGGUUACAGAACUGGUACAGAAAUUUUCUGAGUUGGGAUUAGUGGAGCAGGGUCAGACUGAGCGGGGUAUUCUGUUAUCUAUGGUUGCCCAGUCCCCCAUGGUAGAGAGGAUUAAAGAAGCUCAGGCUACAGAUCAACAUCUGCAGUUUUUUUGUAGCAGGAUUAUUCCAGGACAGCAGACAGGGUUUUCUUGCGACGGAAACGGGAUUCUGUAUUUCCAGGGGAGAUUGUGUGUUCCUGAAUCAUCUUCCCUGAAGGAAGACCUACUUCAGGAGGCACACCGGUCCAGAUUUGCGAUUCAUUCGGGUGGUACACGUAUGUAUAGAGAUUUGAGGCGUUCAUAUUGGUGGAUUGGCAUGAAGAAAGACAUUGCGGAUUUUGUUGCACGAUGUCUUGUAUGUCAGCAAGUAAAGGCUGAACAUCAGAGACCCGCUGGUUUACUCUAG